AUCCCAAGCUCGCGGUGCACAACGGCUAUUGCUGUGCAGGGCGGCGUAAGGAGCAAGAGAGCAGCUCGCGACCACCGCUUGCACUGCUAGUCGCAGCGCACAGCGUCCAGCUGCACCGCUGCCUCAAUUGCUUGCAUACAGCAGAUCAGCUGCUGCGUGAGGCGAGCCCUACGCCAUCGAUGCCAUCGAUGCGCCACUCAUGGCUCCUCUGCUUGCCGCUGGCCGCGAGCCUCGCCCCGGUGGACCAGAUCAAAACGCUGCUCAAACUGGGCCGCAUCGAUGGCGCCACGGGCUACCAUGAGCUCGACAGCGGCUUUUGCAACUCGGUCUAUCGGGUCGACACGCACAAGAAACCGGUCGUCGUGAAGAUCUAUUCGGCCAUGGCCAAAGCACGGUGCGCGCCGGCCUGCCGCGGCGUCGUCGACGAGGCCGUGGGCGCGGCGGGCCUCGGACCGCAAAUACACGUCCGCACGGACGACGCGCUCGUGGCCGAGUUCGUCGACGGCGAGACGCUGACGGAGCGCGACUUGAAGGACGAAGAGACAGCGCUGACGAUUGCGCCGAAGCUCGCCCAGCUCCACGCCUUGCCCAUUCCGCCGCCGCUGCCGCAGAAGCCGGCGCUCUGGGUCGGCAUCGACGCGAUGCUCGCUUGCGAAGGCGACGCGCUCGACGCGAGCUUGCUGCGGCGAGAAGCCGCGCGGAUGCGAGACGCCGUCGAGGCCUGCACGCACGCCGACGUGCUGGGCCACGGCGACCUCAAGCCGUCGAACGUCUUGCGAUUAAGGCGCGGCGGGAUUACCUUUAUCGACUUCGAGCUUGCGGGCCCAAAUUAUAGAGGAUACGACAUCUUUAAACUCUUUCGGACGUCAAAACUGCCGGCGGCGUCCGACGCUUCUCUACUGUCCUUCGUGGAGGCGUAUCUUGGCGAAGGCGCGACGCAACGCGCCGCCGACGCGUGCCUCUUGGAAACGAAGCUCUUCGAGCCGCUCACGUGGCUCGAGGCGGCGAUCUUCUUCUCCUUCGCCGCGGCGACGCUCCCGGAGAAGCGCUCGGAGAUGGCGGCCCUCGCGCGGGACCGGUGGGCUGCAUACGAGGAUUGUGCCGGCGCGGGAUUUGAUGCCGCGGUCAGGAAUCUAAAUAACACUUAGUUG